AUGAAUGUUUCAAAAACUUUAAAAGAUGACAACAUGUUUAAAGUGCUUGAUAACAUGGUGGAAGAAGUAGAAGAGAAAAAUGUGGUCCAAGUGGUGACAAACAAUGCAUCCAACUAUGUCAAAGCCGGAAAACUGUUAAUAGCCACAAGACCAAAUCUUUAUUGGACUUUAUGUAGGGCACAUUGCAUCGAUCUAAUGUUGGAAGAUAUUGAAAAAUUUCCAAAGGUGAAGAAUGCACUAAAGAAGUGCAUGUUCAUGAAUGGCUAUAUAUAUAGCCACAUUUCUCUUGUGAACAUGAUGAGGAGAUGUGAUAAAGGAAAAAGCACAACUGCUAUCUCUUCUCAUAAAGUCUUGGUGCAUGAUGAUGAAGAUGAGAUAGAAGAGGAUAUUGGUGAAGAUGGAGAUUAUGGAGGAGAUGGUGGAAAUGAAGGUUAUGAUAAUUAUGAUUUGGAGUAG